AUGCACUCGCUUUCAAUUCUGAUUUCCCUGUUUACUCUGUUCUAUAUUUCUGUUCUGCCUGCUUCAUUUCGUUUCAGAGUUCGCGAUCAACGAGCUCAUCCUGAAGAUGAGAAUCCGAUCGAAACGCCAGUAGCGGCGACCGGUAGCAUCAAUUCAGCGAAUAGCGCUUCAACAUCGACUCUCACACCAAAAGGAGGCGCAGACAUCUCUUCAACCAAAGAAAACGACGAAGCGCAUCCGGAGCUCAAACAAAAUUUUAUAGCGAAAAAUUUGAAAAGUUUUGGCUUUUCAAAGAAACAGGAAGCGUCAUCGUCCAACUCGCUGAUGCCGGGCGGAAUGGCACAACAGUUGCAAAUCGGCAGCGGCGGUGGCCUAAUGGAGCGCACAAGGAGCGAGAAGCGCUCGUUUCGAUACAAAAAGUCGAGUGGCGAUGAUAUGCAUUCGGAUGCCGCUGCACUCAUCGAUUUUAAGCGGACGGCUUCGAGCCGUAAAAAGAAGCCGUGCCUUACUAAAGAAGAAGAAGAACAAAUCAUUGCCGAAUAUCACUAUACGGGAGCUACAACAAACAUUCAUCCAUUGUUGUCGUCGCUUAUAAACUACACACAUCCGGUCAAAUUUUCAGGAUUCGACGUGGCUGAAAGCAACAAUCUUCACUUUCAUAUGUCAUCAUUCUCUGAAUCUGCCGGUCUUGGCUACCUCAAACAAUCUGCACCUGAAUUUGUCAACUAUAACAAACGGCAACUGAGUCGAAUCUACCCGAAAGGAGCGAGAGUCGAUUCGAGCAAUUUUUUGCCUCAAAUUUUCUGGAACGCCGGAUGCCAAAUGGUAUCGCUCAAUUUUCAAACACCCGACGUCUACAUGCAACUGAAUAUGGGCAAAUUUGAAUACAAUGGUGGAUCGGGAUACUUGCUGAAGCCAGAUUUUCUUAGACGACCCGAUAGGACAUUCGAUCCGUUUUCUGAAUCACCUGUCGACGGAGUCAUUGCGGCUCACUGUAGUGUUAGGGUAAUUUCGGGGCAAUUCCUAUGUGAUCGAAAAAUUGGAACUUAUGUGGAAGUUGAAAUGUACGGAUUGCCGACUGACACUAUAAGAAAAGAACACAAAACGAAAGUUGUUCCUGCGAAUGGCCUGAAUCCGGUGUACAAUGAAGAUCCAUUUGUAUUCCGCAAAGUAGUUUUGCCUGAGCUCGCAGUUCUUCGAUUUGCUGUAUACGAUGAGAACGGAAAACAACUCGGACAACGAAUAUUGCCUCUGGACGGCCUUCAGGCUGGCUACAGGCACAUUUCUCUACGAUCGGAUACAAAUCAGAGCAACAUCCUCACUCCGGUUCUUUUUGUGCAGAUCGUCAUUAAGACUUAUGUGCCCGAUGAAUUGAGCGGUCUCGUCGACGCUCUCGCCGACCCUCGAGCUUAUUUCUCGGAACAGAAGAAGCGAACCGAAGCGCUAGCACAUAUGGGCGUAGACGACAGCGAUAUUGUAGAGGUACCAAGUGCACGAAACACGGCAAUGAAGAACGUUAAGCAGCCCCCAAGACAAAACGGUUCAUCUGCUGAUCUUCUAGCUAACAAUUCGGCUCCAGGAACAGCAAGAUCAGAACAGUCAACGAGUAUGACAACUAGCACCUCGAGAACUGCUGUUGAACCAGCAGCCCCCGUUGCCGUUGACAAGUUCAAGGUCGAUCCCAUUGAAGUUGAAGAUUUGCGCCGAGACAAGGCGUUCUUAAAGUUGUUGAAGAAGUUCCAGAAAGAUUUGGAAGACUUGCGCAAGAAGCAUCAGAAGCAGCGUGACAGCAUCCAGAAGCAACAGCCACGCAGGAACUCGUCAUUUAACUGGAUUCAAACGAACGUCGACAAGUUAAUUACUAAUAACCGACGAUCGACAAAGAAGGAGAAAGGAUCACGUCGAUCGUUGACUGCUUCGAUUUCGAGUGGAUGCGGUGGUUCGACGACGGCUAGUGCACAUUCAUCGGCUAGUGCUGCUACUGCCUGCCAUUCGGACGGAACCGCGUCGCCGGCAACGGCAAGCAGUCCGGUUCCAACCGAUUUGAUUAACAAUGAUCGGGUGCGAUCGUUAGUCAAUACUCAAACUGACGAAUGGUCCGCGAUGGUUCGACGUCACGACGGAGAGGAGUUUGAGUUGCGCAAGGCGCAUCUCAAGGAGCAAUAUGAGCUUCUCAAGAAGUUGAUGAUCGAAGCCCAGAAGAACCAAAUGCAAGCCCUUAAACUGCGUCUUGAAGCUGAAGGAAAGGAUUUGAAACAAACUCAGACAAAGAAGAGCAUGGAAGACGCAAAAGUUAUCCAGUUGGAUAAAGGAAUUAAAACAAAAGCUGAGAGAGAUCGACGAGUCAAAGAGCUCAACGAGAAGAACUUGAAAAUGUUUGUUGAGGAGAGAAAGCGAUUGGCAAUGAAAGCUCAGAAGCAUGAAGAACAACUAGCAAAGAGGCAUGCUGAUCAACUCGAACAACUUGAUAAGGAUGCGCAAAGAGCAUUGGAGCAGGAAGAAGCGAACUACCGCGAAGAGCAGCUUGCCGCCCAACCAUCGACCGUAGUCUAA